AUGUUGUCGCGAGCGGUGGUUCCGUCAACCCCCUCUCUAUCCCAAAUUUCGUCUCGCGCCCUCUCUUCCACUUCCGCCACUGUUCGUCUGUCCACUCCCGCCCAGACGACCCGAUCGUUCGCUACCGUGCAAGAUGGCUCUGCCCCAAAGCGACAAUAUGGCGGCCUUGCAGACCAGGACCGUAUCUUCACCAAUCUCUACAACCAUCAUGGGGCUGACUUGAAGUCUGCAAUGAAAUACGGUGAUUGGCACAGAACGAAGGACAUUGUCCUCAAAGGUCAUGACUGGCUCAUUUCCGAAAUCAAGGCGUCCGGUCUUCGUGGCCGCGGUGGAGCUGGUUUCCCAUCUGGACUUAAAUACUCAUUCAUGAACUUCAAAGACUGGGAUAAGGACAAGCGACCACGUUAUUUAGUCGUCAAUGCCGAUGAAGGUGAACCCGGCACCUGCAAGGAUAGAGAAAUUAUGCGCAAGGACCCCCAGAAGCUCAUCGAGGGUUGUCUCGUUGUUGGCCGUGCAAUGAACGCUACUGCCGCUUAUAUCUAUAUUCGUGGUGAAUUCUACCAUGAAGCCACCGUGCUUCAGCGGGGUAUUCAGGAAGCUUAUCAGGCUGGAUUGAUCGGUAAGAAUGCUUGCGGAACUGGCUACGACUUCGAUGUUUACCUCCACCGUGGUGCUGGUGCCUACGUCUGUGGUGAGGAAACCUCGCUUAUUGAAUCUCUCGAGGGCAAGGCUGGCAAGCCUCGUCUCAAGCCCCCUUUCCCUGCUGCUGUUGGUCUCUUUGGCUGCCCUAGCACAGUCACCAAUGUUGAAACUGUUGCUGUUGUGCCUACCAUCGUGCGCCGUGGCCCCAGCUGGUUUGCUGGGUUUGGUCGCGAACGCAAUCAGGGAACCAAACUUUUCUGCAUCUCUGGUCACGUCAACAAUCCUUGUACUGUUGAGGAAGAGAUGUCUAUUCCUUUGCGAGAACUGAUUGAGCGCCACUGCGGCGGUGUUCGUGGUGGAUGGGACAAUCUCCUUGCUGUCAUCCCGGGUGGUUCAUCUACCCCAAUUCUACCCAAGUCAAUUUGCGAUGAUCAAUUGAUGGACUUCGAUGCUCUCAAGGACUCUCAGAGUGGUCUCGGUACUGCGGCCGUUAUCGUUAUGGACAAGUCAACUGAUGUUGUUCGAGCUAUCUCUCGUUUGUCGCACUUCUACCGCCAUGAGAGUUGUGGUCAAUGCACACCUUGCCGUGAGGGUAGCAAGUGGACGCAGCAGAUUAUGUCCCGUAUGGAGAAGGGCCAGGCUCGCGAGCGUGAGAUCGACAUGCUUCAAGAAUUGACCAAACAGGUUGAGGGACACACCAUCUGUGCCUUGGGUGAGGCCUUUGCAUGGCCUAUCCAGGGCUUGAUUCGACACUUCCGGCCUGAGCUGGAGGCUCGUAUCAAGCAGUAUGAACAGGAACAUGGCAAGCAGCCUUUUGCCGGAGGCUGGGCCCCAGAGACGCGGAACGAGGGCAAGCUGAUUGCACCAGGUCAAUAG